GUGAUUAUCCUCGUUGAUUACACCUCACCUUUUCUAAAUCUUCUUAUAAAGUCAUACAAGCCUUGUACCCAUCAAAGUUCAUCGGAAUAAAUAAUAUAUGCUUCCUUAUUGAUUUCCCAAAAAAAAAAGACUUUGUGUACUUACAGGACAGCUACUACAAGAAGAUGGAAACACAUCAUGUCUCCCCCCCCCCAAAAAAAAAGAAUAAUGCGGACAACACAUAUGAUGACAUAAAGACAAGCACAUACAUGAACGCAGAUAAUGGAGCCUCCGCAAUGACAUCAAUAAACCUCUUAACCAAACUCGUCUCAUACAUCAUGUUCCAUCUCUCUACUUUAAACACUAAGACUUGCUCUUUCAAUAGGGACUUGGAUGCUACCUGGAUCAAUAUCCGCUACCCAGUCUUAUUUUACUUUUUUUUUUUUUUUUUUUUUUUUGCUAGUUGUUAUAAAUUCUUGUUCGCUGUUGAUGUAAUUGCUGGAUAUGAUAACGUGGGCUCUCCAACAUACAUCACCUGAAAGCUCGAAUACAGCCUCUAGCAAUAGAAAGUACGCAAACAAUUGCUGACGUAAUUUCCUACACGAAGCUAUUUUGUCUGACAAUGGUGCAAUUCAAACUGAAUCCCAUUUAAAGCUGAAUUAAAAGGUGAUCUAACUUUCAACAAA